UUUAGUACCAAAAAAUAUAAAAUUUAUUUUGCCAAUACUUUGUAUUAUUUUAAUUGGAUUAAUUGUUGCUACUACUUUUAUUGAUAUGGUAGGGGCUUAUUAUAUUGAUAGACUUCACUUUUUUGGUAGAAGGAUGGAUUUAGAGGUACUUAAUUGUGAGAGAAUAUUUGGAGGAAUUUAAUUAUUUUUUAUGAUCCUUUGGAAUGGUUAAAAGCUGUCCAGCAACGUAGAAUAGAGGCUAUGAAGAGAGAAGCUAUGCGUAAACUUUUUGAGACAGCUACAGCAAUGUACAGAUUAAAUGCUGGAAGUUUCUCUAAAAAGCAAAUAAAUUUAAUUAAAAAAAUGCCUGAGGGUAUUUCUAAAUUAAUUAAAUAAUUUAUUUAUUAAAAAGUAAUUAUUCCAAUGCCAAAAGGAAUUGCUCCUUUUAAUGCAACAGCUGAUUCUGUUACUCUUAAAUGGGAACCUUCAACUCAAAUUUUUUUGGAAGGAAAGCCUUUUUGGUAUACAUUGAGUUAUGCACCUAGAACCCCUCACAGAUUAAAUAAUUCUACUAAAGUGAUUGAUUUUUUGAGACAAAAUCGUUUUGUUGUUAGUGGAUUAAAAUCAUUUACUCUUUACGAAUUUAAUGUUCGUAUUUCUACUUCAGAGGGAAGUUCAAAACCAGUUAAAUGUCAAGAAUAUACUGAGCCUUGUACUGUUCCCCAAUUAUUACAAUUGGAUGCGAUUAGUUCUGAAACUGCUACAAUUUUUUGGCGAGCUCCAAGAAAAAAUAAUGGGCCAGAAGUUUUAAUUUAUUUUAACAAAAAUUAUAUUUAUUUUUUAAAGAAAUAUUUAUUAUUAUUUACUCAAGAACCAGCUCCUCCUUUCCAAUAUUGGAGGAGAUUUGAAGCUGGAAAAAGAAGGAAAUUUACACUUAUUGGACUUAAUGCUGAUACACGUUAUAUUGUUUGUACUGUUGCUUUACAUAAUUUUGGUCAAGCAGCAAUUUCUCGUUCCUUGCGUUUCAAAACACGUUCUUGGUGGUUUGAUGAAGAAAAUAUAGAAAAAGAGUUAUUAAAUAAAGAUGAACAACAACAAUUAUUUUUAGACAGAAUUAGAUGUAAUAAUUUCCUUUUACCCCCAAAAUGGCAAAAAAGAGAAAGAAAGCCAAGUCUUCGAGAACCAAGUAUUGGUGUAAGCAGUGGAGGGGCAACUAGAAGGAGUAGUUUACAAAGCGGGGAAUAUCAAGAUAGAAGUUAA